AUGAUGACAACAGGAGAAGGGUCAACAACAUCGAUGUUAGCAACCACAAAAUCAUCAAGAACAACAGCAGAACCGGGAUCAACAACAACAAAAACUCCAUUAACAACGACAACAACAACAACAACAACAACAACAGACGAAGCAGUUUUACAAACAUUUCAACGAACAAACGAAACGGUCUAUGCUAUAUGGAAUACAACUGCAGGUGAUGAUAGUUCACCAUCUUCACCCGGCCAAAAACCAGGUACAUAUUAUCCUGGUGAACCACCUGAAGCUGCAUUAGAUGGUAAUUUAAGUUCAGAAUAUACCAAUCAUGGGAUUUGUUCUGCAUCUGAUCCAUUAAAAAAUGAAUGCGGAAUACAAACUGGUUUCUAUGUAACAUUCAACAGUACACCGUUCAUUCUCGUGAAGUUUCGUAUAGCUACAAACAAACAUUCUCCAGAGCGAGAUCCAAACACAAUUACAAUCGAAGGUAGCAACAAUAAUGAAUCCGAUUUAGUUUUCGGAAAAAGUUGGAAUUUGAUUUAUGACGGUGAUGCAGGUCUCGCGAAAGUUCCAGGAAGACGAGCGUAUGCUGAAGAUAAAGAAAAACUACAACCAUGGCAACUUUAUUUGGAACUUUUUAUUUCUUCACUUGAGAAAUUAUCAUCAGUUAAUCAAACUAUUUAUCGAGGAGUAAAAAUGGAUUUAAGUGCACAAUAUCCACAAGGACAAAUAUUUACUUGGUGGGGAUUUUCAUCAUGUACAAAUUCAGUACAAGUGCUUCAAUCUGAAUAA